AUGGUAAAGAACCGUAAUGGAUUGACCAUCACCACCGCCUCGCCAGCCGCCGCCGACCUCUAUCAGCAGGGCCUUGACUUGGUGCUGUCCCAGAACUACGGGCCGGAAUCCAAGCUGCGAGAUGCUAUCGAGGCCGACGAGGGGUUCGCCAUGGCCCAUACCGUGCUGGCCUACGUGCUCCACCUGCAGAUGGAUGUGCCCGCCGCCCGCGCCGCCGCCACCAAAGCCCUCGAGUUAUCGGCCGGCAUCUCCCGGGAAGAGCGGCAGACCACCCAGAUAGUGCACUCUUUCACCCACGGCAAGGGCACCGAGGCCAUCCGCCUCGUCGACGAACACCUGAUUGACUUCCCCACCGACACCCUCGCCAUGCGCGUUGCCCAACGUCUCUACAUGCUGGGCUGUUUCGGAGCCGGCGUCCCCGAUUUCCCCAAUCAUCUGAUGAAGAUGAUGACCAAGGUGGCCCCCGCCAACGGCGAUGACUGGGCCUUCUUGGGGCAGUAUGCUUUCGCCCAUCAUGAAACCAACCAGCCAGCAAAGGCAAUGGACCUGGCUACCCGCUCACUGGAAGGCAAUCCCCAGAACGCCGUGGCCUGCCAUUCAGUUACCCACUCUUACUUUGAGCAGGGCGACGCCGCCAACGGAGGCCGCUGGCUGGCCGACUGGCUCGACGCAUUCGACCGCCGCGCCUCCUAUAACGUCCAUCUAUCCUGGCACCUGGCGCUGUUUGAACUGGCCCAGGGCCGCUACCAGCAAGCGCUCGAUCUCUACGAGACCCACAUCCGGCCCGGUGUGCAGGCCCGCAAUCUCGCCAACCUGGCCGACUCUGCCUCCCUGAUGUGGCGGCUCCAGAUCUAUUCCGGAGAAACCCCGGGCAAACCGUGGGAUGAGGUUCGCGUCCAGGCGGCCCCCGCCGCCGACAGUCCCGGCGCGGCCUUCCGCGACUGCCACGCCGCACUGGCAUUCGCCGGCUCCGGUGACACUGACGCCUCCCAACGGCUGGUGGACCGUCUCACCGCUCAGGGCGAAAAGGGAGACGACUCGCCCGCGAAAUGA